AUGGGCAUUCCUUCGGUGACGAUCCAGCUGCCGUCGGCGGCCACGUCGUGGGCCAACGACCUCGGCCAUGAUCUUAAUCAGCUUGGCGCCACGCUCACCAAGACCGCCCACGAGCUCUGCAGUAGCCUUCACGUGACCGACCUCGUCUCGUCGCUCCAAUCCGCGCUGACCAUCGACAACCACGCCAACCGCCAAGCCGCGUUGCUCGAGUACCGCGGAUCCAACGGCCGGACACCGUUGCUAGUCGCUGCGGCCAAAGACCACGUGGCCUGCGUCGAGAUCUUGCUCCAGCACGGCGCCAAUGUCAUGGCAAGCGACAAUAGCGGCAACAACGCACUGCACUACGCGUGCUUUCAAGGCGCAGUGAACGCCGCGCGCUUCCUCCUCUCGCCGGCCGUCGGUCUCUCGCCCUUCUCGCUCAACACGCAUGGCUUGGCGCCCACGGAGAUGGUGCGCGCCAGCCUCGCCCAAGGCGAGCACGUCGCGGCGUCGGGCGCGAUUCAGCAGCUCUUGGCAUCGCAGACGCGCCUCUUCAUGGGCUAUGUCUACGAGAGUGUCGAGAACGCCGCGUCGGCCGUCUCGGGGCUGCGCGCGCUGCGGUCCUGGACCCGGCGCUGGGCCAUCGUCUCGCGCGUGGGGUCGCAUACGUACCUCGAGGUCGCUUUCUACCAUGUCCAGGCCAUGGACCCGUCGCGCCACCCGCCGAGCUCAAUUUUCAUGCUCAAUGCCACGGCCCCUGUGCAGCUGGCAACAUCGGACAAGUGGUUCAACGACAAGCCGUUUGCGCUCCUCGUGCGAGGCGCGCGCCUCAAGGGCCCGGGGGUCGUUGGCAGCGAAGAAAUGCUCGAGCUCGCUGCGCUCGACGCACCCUCGUUUGCUGCGUGGUCAGCCUUUCUCGCACAAGGCGCGACGGCGCCAGCAGCGGUCACCGUGCGAGACGACGCCAAGCAGGUCGACACACCGGCGGCAGAGCGAUCAGUCGACAUCCCAGCCGCCCGCGACUUCAACGAAGCUCCAAUCGCUCAGGCCCUGACGGAAGCUCCAGUCGCCCUGACAGAAGCUCUCGUCGUCUUGGAGUCUGAUGUUGCGUCUGCCCCGUCGGCACCGUCGAUGGAAGACGGUCGAUCACGGGCCCAGUGCAUUUUGUGCGAUAAUGGAUCGCAGAACGCCGUCUGCGUACCCUGCGGCCAUGCGGCACUGUGCAUGGGCUGCGCCGUCGAGCUCCAAGCCGCAGUCUGCUUUGUCUGCAACGUCCCCAUUCGAGAAGUGGUCGAGCUCUUCCACCCCUAGUUGCUUUCUUUGAAAACGACGUGUCUUUGUACGUGGCACUCUCUGUUGCAUCGUUGCUGACCA